GGGCGUCUAUUUCACUCUCGUCGGAUUAGAGGCCCCCCAAUACGAAUCGAAUCGGAACCCUAAGAAACCCAAAGAAGACGACGACUGAGCUCCGAUCAUGGCCUUCUCUUCCCGUCUCUUAUCCAAGUCCAGACAGCUGUGCAGCAAUGGAGUCGUUCUUCAACAGGAGCGUCUCAUUCCGGUUCGGCACUUUGCCAAGGAAGCGAAUCGCCCGGUGCUUAAGGGUGACGAGAUGCUGAAGAACAUCUUCCUGGAGGUUAAGAACAAGUUCGAGACCGCCCUUGGAGUACUGCGCCAAGAGAAGAUCACUAUUGACCCCAAUGAUCCGGCUGCAGUGUCUCAAUAUGCCAAAGUCAUGAAAACUAUCCGAGAGAAGGCGGAUCUGUUCUCGGAAUCCCAACGUAUAGCAUUUACCAUCGAAAGCCGUACGAAAGAUAUCCCAGAUGCUAGAACUUAUCUGUUGACAUUGAAGGAAAUCAGGAUCAAGAGAGGUCUCACUGAUGAACUCGGUGCAGAGGGUAUGAUGAUGGAUGCACUGGAGAAAGUUGAAAAGGAACUGAAGAAACCUCUUUUGAGGAAAGAUGACAAAGGAAUGGCUCUUCUCACGGCAGAAUUUGAUAAAAUAAACAAAAAGCUUGGAAUUCGUUAUGAAGAUUUACCAAAGUAUGAAGAACAACUAGAACUCAAGAAAGCCAAAGCACAACUGCAGGAACUUGAGAAAGAGGCUUUCGAGGCGAUGGACACUCAGGCAAAGAGGGAGGAAUUCAAAGAUGAGGCAAUGGUCGAGGUAAAGUCUUUGGAUAUCCGAAACUUCAUCUGAGGAUGAGAUUGCUUCCAAUUGCUUGUUUUGAGGUCAACCCAAUCUUGUUAAGAUCUGGAGAACUACCAACUAUUUUGGGGUAUGGGGAGUUUGCCCUUCUGUUUAAUAAGGCCCUAUUGGUUUCUAACGCAGUUGUGUCGAUUGAUCAGAUUAUGUAAUUUUCUGGUUUUAUUACGUUGCCAGGUGAGAAUUGCAAAUCUUUCGUCACUUGCUGCAUCUACAGAGUUUAUUGCAUUAUAUUACUUUUGUCUGUAUUUUUCAUCUUCCCCUUAAUUAAAUUAGACUGAUUAACUCGGUAC